AUGUCAAUAGAUGACCUUCGUGGAAUGUUACCAUCGACGUUUACAGUAGAAGGUUCAGCAGGAUUGCUUACAAGAUUGUCAAUUGGUGGCAUUUGGUCUCGUGAGAACAUUGUUAUAAAAUCCAGUAUAAGUGAAUUUGCUGAAGAAUCUAUAUUAUGUCUUUCAAACUAUAUGUAUUCGCCACCGAAGCAUUAUAGUAUAACAAACUUUGUCAGUAAGUUUAACAUAAGACUUGUUGAACCUUCUUCAAUGAAAGAUGUUGUGCUACCUAAAGAUGGAAAGGAUGGACUCAUUAUUGAGAUGAUUUUAAUAGCAUAUUAA